CAAACUCGGCCGCAAAUAUCCAACCUCAUACAGUCUGUCCCUCACUGAGGCGGCCUCCACCUCCUUCACUGCCCCCUCCGCUGCAGCUGAGCGCUCUGUCACUUUCGUCAUAAGUCCGCUUGUCUGUUUGUGCUGGGCAAACCACGGAGCCGUUUCCAUAUGAACCAAUCUGUGGUCCCUCUACGCCACGCAUCGUCCGCUCCUCCUCCCAUACUGAUAUCCGAACCCACACCCGUGUCCAGUUUUUCGGCGACGACCUUCUCUCUGUCUGUACGGCCGUACAGAGCACGAGAUCCGAGCCUCCGCUACUAGGGAACGCCUCCGCCGUAGGUUGCGAUGGAAGGCGCCUUCGCACACUUGGGCAACCACCUGGUCUCCGAUUCGACAGCCAACAUCAAAUUCGGCGACGAUGAGAGUAUCCUCGACGGGUUGGGCGGCCCGCGCAGACGCCGCAACAACGACGACGACGACCAGAGCGACGUGUAUGAUGACGACACGGAGAGCCUGGCUAGCAUGGCUAUUGGCGGCGUGAAUGGGAAGGGGCCAAAGAGAGAGGAAGAGGAGCAGGUUGAACUGCCGCCUCACGCUUGCUCGUACUGCGGGAUUCACAACCCUUCAAGCGUUGUCAAGUGCCUUGUGUGCCAGAAAUGGUUCUGCAGCGCUCGCGGCAAUACGUCGUCGUCACAUAUCAUCAAUCACCUCGUGCGUGCUCGCCACAAGGAGGUCCAGCUGCACCCUUCGUCCGCGCUUGGCGACACCGUGCUCGAAUGCUACAACUGCGGUACCAAGAACGUCUUCCUGCUCGGCUUCAUUCCCGCAAAGUCAGACACCGUCGUCGUCCUCCUUUGUCGCCAGCCCUGCGCCGCGAUGCCCUCCUCCAAGGACAUGACCUGGGACACCUCGCGUUGGCAGCCGCUGAUCGAGGAUCGCUCUUUUCUGUCCUGGCUCGUCGCGCAGCCGAGUGACCAGGAGCAGUUACGCGCACGACAUUUGAGCCCGCAGCUCAUCGUCAAGUUGGAAGAACUAUGGAAAGAGAAUGCAGCGGCAACAAUUCAGGAUCUGGAAAAGGGAGCAGGCGCGGACGACGAGCCCGCGCCGGUCCUGCUACGCUAUGACGACGCCUAUCAGUACCAGAACGUGUUUGGGCCGCUGGUCAAGAUUGAGGCCGACUACGAUCGCAAGUUGAAGGAGUCGCAGUCUCAAGACAGUUUGACCGUGCGUUGGGAUUUCGCGCUGAACAACAAGCACCUGGCCAGUUUCGUGCUGCCCAAGCUCGAGCUUGGGGACGUAAAACUUGCAGUCGGAGACGAAAUGCGCUUGAAGUACACCGGUGAACUCCGGCCUCAUUGGGAAGGAGUGGGCUAUGUUAUCAAAGUCCCCAACAAUCAGUCCGACGAGGUCACACUUGAGUUACGCACAAAGGGCGACCACAAAUCUGUGCCCACCGAAUGUACCCAUAACUUCACCGCUGAGUACGUGUGGAAAGCCACCUCGUUCGACCGCAUGCAGCACGCCAUGAAAACCUUUGCCAUCGAUGAGAUGAGCGUUUCGGGCUACAUCUUCCACCGGCUGCUUGGCCAUGACGUUGCUGCCGCUCCCAUGAAAACGCAGCUCCCGCGCAAGUUUAGCGUGCCGGGACUUCCCGAGCUUAACAGCAGUCAGAUCAACGCCGUCAAGACCGUACUUCAGAAGCCCCUCAGUUUGAUUCAGGGCCCGCCGGGCACGGGCAAGACAGUCACAUCCGCAACGAUCAUUUACCACCUGUCCAAAAUCAACGGCGGCCAGGUUCUUGUCUGCGCACCGUCCAACGUCGCUGUUGACCAGCUUUGUGAACGCGUCCACCGCACUGGCCUCAAAGUCGUCCGCGUCACAGCCAAGUCUCGCGAAGACGUCGAAUCUCCUGUCGGCUUCUUGUCUCUGCACGAGCAGGUCCGCAUGAACGACACAAACGUCGAACUUCGCAAGCUGAACCAGCUCAAAGACGAACUCGGCGAGCUCUCCUCCCAGGACGAAAAGAAGUUCAAGCAGCUCACCCGCGCUGCAGAGCGCGAGAUUCUGUCUAAUGCCGACGUCAUCUGCUGCACUUGCGUCGGUGCGGGAGAUCCGCGACUCGCCAAGUUCAAGUUCCGCACCGUGCUCAUCGAUGAGAGCACACAGUCCGCUGAGCCGGAGUGCAUGAUCCCGCUUGUGCUUGGCUGCAAACAGGUUGUCCUCGUCGGUGACCACCAGCAGCUUGGGCCCGUCAUCAUGAACAAGAAGGCCGCCAAAGCCGGUCUUAACCAGUCCCUCUUCGAGCGUCUCGUCAUCCUAGGCUGUUCUCCCAUUCGUCUGCAGGUCCAGUACCGCAUGCACCCGUGCCUCUCCGAGUUUCCUUCCAACAUGUUCUACGACGGCUCCCUCCAAAAUGGCGUCACUGUACAGCAGCGCCUGAAGCGCGAGAUCGAUUUCCCAUGGCCUGUCGUUGACAACCCCAUGAUGUUCUGGUCGAAUCUGGGCAAUGAGGAGAUAUCCGCCUCGGGAACUUCGUACCUCAACCGCACCGAGGCAUCCAACGUCGAGAAGAUUGUCACACGCUUCUUCAAGGCUGGCGUGCGUCCGGACUCUAUUGGCGUAAUCACCCCGUAUGAGGGUCAACGCAGCUACAUAGUCAGCACCAUGCAAACGCAAGGCACUUUCAAGAAGGACAACUACAAGGAGAUUGAAGUGGCGUCCGUAGAUGCGUUCCAGGGCAGAGAGAAGGAUUUCAUCGUGCUCUCUUGCGUUCGUUCAAAUGACCACCAGGGCAUUGGCUUCUUGUCCGACCCGAGGCGUCUCAACGUCGCACUCACUCGUGCCAAGUAUGGUCUUGUCAUCCUGGGCAACCCGAAAGUCCUUUCUAAGCAUCCGCUAUGGCAUUGGUUGCUCUUGCACUUCAAAGAACGUAACUGUCUCGUCGAAGGGCCCUUGUCCAAUUUGCAGGUCUCCCUCUUGCAGUUCUCCCGUCCAAAGACUACCUACCGGGGACCACAGCGCUACCAGAUGGCGUACCAGCAGUCGAACAGUGCCCUUUCUGGUGCACGGGGAGGUCCAGGUAGUUCCAUGCCCGUACGCGGUCCACGAUCGGAGUACACGGAUACCGGAUCCAUCGUGGGAUACAUUCCCGACGACGUUUCCUCCGUCCACUCGUCUGCCAUUGGCGGCGUAGGCCUUCCACUUGGCGGAGCUAGCAACCCGAAUUACCCUCCCAUGUUCCAAAAUUUCGAUCAAGCAUGGCCUUCGCUUCCCCGGCACCCGGGCGGUAAAGGCAAAAGCGGAGGCGCAGCACCCAGCGUCGCAGGCGAGAGCGAAGCAGCAAGCGAGUUUACCGACAUGAAUGGAGGCAGCGUUGCGGGUGGCAAGGAGGGUGGCGUUUCUCUUGCCGGCUUGACUAUCAACGAUGCGAAGCCAACGAGUUUGAGCCAGUCUGAUCGCCUGAAACGCUACGUCGAGAGCAAUGGGCAGGGCGUCGAACGCACAAGCGGCUUCGCAAGGGGCCUAGGCAGACCUACGGUUGGCCUUGACGACGAUGAUGCGCGCUCCAUCUCGACGGCGUUCGCAAGUCAGAUCGGAGGUACUGGCGCCUAUGAUUGAUUGAGUCAUACAACGGGACGGGAUGCAAAAGAAAGAAACCGAUAAAAAAACAACUAUUUCUGACAAGCGAUGCGUUGAAUUGCCCGACUUUCUUGGGGUUCCAUGACACGCGCCUCUCGGCGGACAUAUCUCGUUGAGAAAGAUCGCCGUAGCUCGCCCGUGUGGAGCCUGAGAUGGACGGCCCCGCCAGCAAGUAUGGGAAUAUGUUAGCUCGGACAUGCCGACCCAACAGCGACUACGACUGGGCAACGUCGCUCGCCUCGUUCUGCACCGUGUUGCCUCGGCGACGAAUGAGUGAGAAUGGCGUCUCAUCAAAGCGUUUUCCGAAGAGCUUAUGCUACACUGGAAAGGAAGAGCAGUGAGCGACCUGCAGUAUAUCUGUUUGUGCGCCAUGGCAAGGAUGAGUUUUCAGAGAGGGGUUGUGUGGGAAUUUUGCGUGUGUGCGUGGGUGUGUAUGUGUGCGCGCGCGUGUGUGCGUAUAUGUGUGUGAUCCGCUGCACGCACGUUGCGAUCGUGGUGGCAAGACAGCGUUGCAGCAGCUUAAGUAGUGGUUUUGAUAUUUGCGCGGGAUCAAUGUCUUGAUUGAUUAAAGUACUAUAAGAAAUCCAACUGUAUACAUUCCUUCA